CAUCAAUCAUGGCGCUUAGCACGAAUGGCAGGAUUAGCCUGUACUGUUGUUGUUUAGCGGCCAGUGUCGUGCUCAUCUCGUUCUGUGGGGCAUUAAGUCGGCUACUUCACUAUGUUGUCGACGACUACUGGCUCUUGCUCGCUGCGGCGUACUCCACGUGUAUUCACUUGGCCUUGUACAUUUUUUACAAACCCCGCGGAAAUGCGUACAAGGUCGUUUGGAGAGCAGCACUGCUUGGCACCGGGAUGGGGCUUGGCAUUCUCACCAGUGUCCAUGGCCCUCCCUCGUGGCGAGUGUUUGGCUGGUACCUGGCGCUGCUUAGUGGCUUCCACUUCUCCGAGUACUUUGUCACGGCAGUCACAAACCCCAAGGCACUGACGCUCGACUCAUUCCUGCUGAACCACAGUCGAGAAUAUGGUGUUGCAGCGGCAUGCAGCUGGCUAGAAUUUCUCAUCGAGAGAUUCAUCACGCCUGGCCUGAAGCAAAUGUGGUGGGUCAGCUACGUGGGCCUUGCAAUGUGUUUGGUCGGUGAAGGGUUGCGAAAAGCAGCCAUGCUCACAGCGGGCACCAACUUCAACCACAUCAUACAAAACCACCGAGAGCAGGGUCACGUGCUGGUCACCCACGGCGUGUACGCCCUGUGUCGACAUCCAUCCUACGUCGGCUGGUUCCUGUGGUCCAUUGGCACUCAGGUCGUUCUAGUCAACCCAAUCUGCACUGUGGCCUAUGCUGUUGCAUCAUGGAAGUUUUUCAGGACAAGGGUCGAGGAGGAAGAGAUAACACUGCUGACCUUCUUUGGUGAAGAUUAUGUGCAAUACCAAAGGCAGACUUGCACAGGCCUCCCCUUCAUUCGUGGCUUUCGCGCUGAAGUCUAAAGCCAUGUGUGGUAUGAGCCGUGUGGCACAUGUCGGGGCUUAUUGAAAAGCUUCUUUUUUCAAGAAUGUGAGCUGACACGUGCCAAUCUUGGGGUUGUGCUGCAGAAGCACAGUUCAGUGUACGUGGUUAUAAUGAGGGCAUAAUGGUGGCAUUUCAGUGUGGGAGAAAUGCAAAAAUGUUGCUGGACUUGUAAAUAGGUACUUCUGAGAAACCACAGGUGGUCAAAAUUAACACGUAAUUCCUUGCGACAGCGUUCCUUAUGUGAUAUUGGCAUGUAAAGCCUCGAAUUGUGAUAUUACUCGUGCAAGUACCAGGGUAAGUUCACACGAAGAAAAGUCAUAUAGAUGAUCUUCCGCAGCUGGUUCGUUUAGUCAAAACUAGAUAGCGCCACCACCACACAGUGGCUAUCUUCUACUGUGGCCGUCUCCACGUCGUGGCCUUUGGCACUAGUGCUCAAUAUGUCUCCGUCAGCAUCAAACGUCUGCUCAGCGUCCCCAUAGCAUCUGUGUGUACGUGAGUAAAAGCGAGCAGGUGGCAGUGCCCGAAAAGUCUACAUGGUGACACCUGUAUGUAGAUGCAGUUUCCUUUCACCUCAAACAUCAUGUAGUCAUCCUGCACUGUGUGGCCCAUAAGUUGCGACCUACACAUUUAUUUGAUUUAUAUUUAUGUCCUGAAGCUUCGAGAACAAUGUAUUUGUCAGUUAUUUUGCAUUAUUUUCAAGAUUCAGUCUCGGAGGUGAGGCUUAGCAGACCCCGCUAAAUAUACAGAGCUAAUCUCAUUAAUAAAGACAGAACAUACCUGAUGCUUCCACGUGCAACAGCAUGAAGCGAUACCCUAUAUCACCAUUUGUUUAUUGCUGUGCAAACAAUGAGCAAGUAGCAAGCGCAAGUUUGUAUUGAAGCAGGCAGUCGCGUCUGCAUGGAUGCUGCCAUGUUGACUUCCAGCUUGUGUGAUACGGCCGCUGGCCUUAUGCACUGGGGCAACUGACUAGGGGAAGGCCAGUUACGAUCACAUGAUAAACAUGGCAGCGUUUCUGCACCACUGCGGAAAAUCGUCUAUAGGUGUUCUCGUUGCACAAGAUCGCAUUCUAACCCGUAGCAUACCGUACUUCUUAUUCCUUGCCUGUGAUGUUUCUGGCCAAUCAGUGAGUAUAGAAGGUACAGCCGCCACUGAUUGGAACUCGACAUUUAGGGCCAAGUACUGCAAAUACUUUUGUUUCCAUCAUCCUCAGUGCAUUUCACAUAUGCAUAAUGUCAACUAGAACACUGGUGAACUUUGCAGCAAUGCAACACAGUUCUCAAAGAAUUGCACAUACCAGUUGUUAUGGUAGAAGUAUUGAUGCCAUCCGUAAGUAAUGCAUAUUGAGCCUUUACUGAGAUGACAUCUUUUGAAUUUGCCUUACCACGAAUGUGCACAAGCCAUCCCAAGUAGUCUCCUGCUUGCACAUUAGGCCCCUCAAAUAUGGGCUGUUCUCCCAGUGCCAGUUAAAAAGUAUUUCUUUCAUUUCGUUAUCUACACUUUCCGUUGAGAAUAAAUUUUUAUCUGUGUCCUUUAAUGAACAAGCAAUUAGUUAUUGAUGGAAGUGCUUGUUUCUUUUGUCACUACAAUAACUGCACGAGCAGUAAAAUCAUUUUAUUUUUUCAUCGUAGAGUUACAGUCAUUGUGGAGGAUCACCUUUAAAUGCUCAUUUGGCUAGCGUUAUAGUGAAGUUUUUCUGCCUCCACAGUCUAUGAUGCUUUGGCAGAGGGACCAAAGAGGGAAUAACCCUUAUAUUUUACAACAGCCUGAUGGUUAAUUAUCAUUGCUAAAUGAGUCGUAAACAUCCUUAAAUAAAUCGGUGGAAAGUGUUUUUUUAGUAAUGGCCAAGUGAUGAAGGACUACAAUUGAUAUCAGGGCAAAACUGCUGGUUAGGAUCAUUAUAGAAACAGGCAUUGUUCGAGGUGCGGAGAGUGGACAGAAGUACAGAGUGCCACAUACUGGAAAGGCUAGAGUUCUUUCUCCCGGGAAAGCAGUUCCCAAAAUCAAUAGCAGCAGAAACAUUUUUAUGUUCACUAUAUACAGAGAAAGACUGUCUUGUCACAUGGUUGUGGCUCGUGGCAAAAAACACUGAAGACAUAGCAUUUGCGGCUAGGACUUUGUCUUUGUGCUACUAGGGCCAUUGCCAUUAGUUUGGAUGGUUGUUUGCGAGGUGUAAUGUACCAACACGA